AUGGACGACUCAUCUUCCAUCGAGUCACUUUCCGCCAUCCCCUACUCCUCGUCCGACUCGUCCUGCCUCUCCGUCGAGCAUGAGCCCUCCCGCCGACUCGAUCCUCCCGCAAGCCCUCUGACCCCCGUCUCGAGGGGCCUGCUGGCGUCGGAGCCCAGUUGCGAGGCUCUGUCGGCCCACGGCCGUCUCGACUCGUUCUCUCCACUACCCUCGCACCGUGUGUCCGUCCUCACACCGUCGGGCUCGCCCGGCUCUUCGGCAGAAGCCGUCGGCGACACCGGCCAGCAACGAAUUGCCAUCCGACUCCCCAACGAGAUGCCUCUCGGGCCGGUGAGUUGGACAGACACGGAGUGUGUGUGCACUUGUCCCCUUUAA